CUUGAAAUGAGUUUUACAAUUGAAACAUUAUUGAAAACUGAUGAUGCUUUACCAUCGAAUAAAUUAAAUGAAUCAGUUGAAAAUUCAAUUGAUUUUAAUCCAGAAGAAAAUCUUGACCAUGUAGAAGAGUAUCAGUGUGAUUCUUACCUUCGUCAUCAUCAUUAUCCUCAACGAAGACAUAGUUCUGACUCGAUAGAACAACAACAACACGAUGAAAGACAUUCAUCACACUUAUCGGAUAAUCCUCAAAAUGAAUUGAAUAUAUCCUCCAAUUCAUGUCCACCUAGUCUUUAUUCCUUACAAUCGACACCUCCAGAUAUGAAUCGACAAUUACUGUCAUCUUCUAGUCCAUUUCAACAAGUAUCGCCUCAAUCAUCAUCAUCAUCGUCUUCUUCAUCACCAGUCACCUCUUCAUCAUCAACCUCCCUGUUGUCCUCGACGACUGCUACUACAACUUUCUUAAGUUCACCUCAUUCAAAUUCAAUGCACAACAAUAGUGUAUCACCAAAUAAUGAUGAGAAAUCCUCCAAUGUGAUGACUGACAAUGAUUAUAAAUCGAACAGUAUUUCACCAAGUAGUCAACAAGAAAAAUUUGAAUAUUUGAAUUUAUUAAAAAAUGUACAACAUAGUCAUCAGAAUUAUUCCAUGAUUAUCACUACAACUACUACUACCUCCACCACUACUAAACAGAUUUAUAACCAUUGUAAAAAUGUAAAUAAAAAAUCAAUAAAUUAUUUAAAUUCAAAUUUAAAUAUCAAAUCAUCCUUUCAUUCUGAUCGUCAUCAUUCACACAACCAUCAUCACUCCCAACAACAACAGCAACAAAAACAUUAUAUUAUAAAUCCAUUACGACCAAGACGAUUGAGGACAACUUUUACUACAUAUCAAUUGCAUACAUUAGAAACAGCUUUCCUAUUGAAUCAAUAUCCAGAUGUUGCAGCACGUGAUCAAUUGGCAAAUCAAUUAAAUUUAUCAGAUGGUCGUGUACAGGUUUGGUUUCAAAAUCGACGAGCUAAAUACCGUAAACAUGAAAAAUCACGUACUAGUAAUCAUGACACUAGUGGAAAUCGUAAUGGCGGAGACAUUAGCCAUGAGACAUUUAAUAUGCUACCUGAUACUCAAACACUAUGGAAUACUCUGAAUGCGUAUACAUCAACACUAAACCAUUUAUUACCUAAUCAUUCAAAUUCAUCAUUAUUUUCCACGGAUAAUUCAACGUCUACGCCGAUAACAACAUCAAUUACUACUUCAAAUAUUUCACAAGAUAAUCAUUUACAAUCACAAUCACCGUCAUCAUCAUCCUCAUUUCUGUUAAACGAUGACAUGGAUUCAAAAAUAAAAUCGAUGCAAACAGUAAUUGACACAUUGAAUACAACAUUGAAAUUGAAUCCUGCACUUGAUUAUACCACAUUAAUUAAUUCAAAAGAUUUAGCAAAUAUCUUAAUGGGAUUUAAUGGAAAUCAAACAACCUUUCUAAAAUGA